AUGAUUGUUAUUUGCGAGUGUUGUGGUUUACUUGCUAACUUGGUUGAUCUGACAUGGCAGGGGAGUGGUGCGUGGUUGGUGGCAAUGACAGUGGCUGGGGAUUGGUACAGUAAGGUUGUGGCAGUCUUUGCUGUAGUUGUUGAGCAUCGAUGGCUGCAGAUGAUUGAAACCCUAGCUGCUUGGGUUUUCACGCGUGGGCCUGGCUUACAGGCUUUCGAUGCACACGAAUUCUAUAAGUCAAGUGAUAGAUACCAGCGCACGGGGAACAUAUCCGAGAGACAUAAAUUGCCCUGGCAAAACAUUUUGGAGGUUGAACUUUUUAAUGUGUGGGGGAUAGACUUUAUGAGACCAUUUCCUUCAUCCUUUGGCGACCUAUACAUUCUAUUGGAAGUGAACUAUGUAUCCAAGUGGAUAGAAGCCAUAGAGACACCUAAGAAUGAUUCUAAGAUCGGGCUAAAAUUCUUGCACAAGAAUAUAUUUACACAAUUUGGAACACCGAGAGCUAUUAUCAGCGACGAAGGCACACACUUUGACAAAAUAUUAAUUGCCAAGGCAUUGAAAAGAUACAGAGUGCGUCAUCGAAUUGCCAUGACAUAUCAUCCCCAGACUAAUGGGCAGGCUGAAGUUUCUAACCGUGAAAUCAAACAUAUCCUUGAGAAAGUGGUUAACCUAAACCGCAAGGAUUGGUCGCCAAAACUAGAUGAAGCACUAUAG